CUAGCUUCCCUAUCAUCACUCUUCCCGCUUCACCACACUUUUCCACCCUUCUUACACAUACCUCCCCUGUCUCUCACACGUUUUACUGCGUUCGAAACCAUGGGCAUGAUCAUCAUGGACAACGCUUCUAAUGCGACCAACCACUUCUGGGGCGAAAGGACGUCGACGAUUGAUUGGUGCGAGGAAAACUACGUUGUGACACAGUUCAUCGCCGAGUUCUGGAACUCGAUAACAAACUCGCUUUUCGUGGUCCUGGCCGGGCUUGGGAUCUGGUCGGUGAUUAAGCACCAGCAGGGCAAGCGCAUGCUGUUCUGCUACGUCGCCCUGAUGACGGUCGGAUUCGGCUCGGGCUUCUUCCACGCCACGCUCAAAUACACAACACAGCUCCUGGACGAGCUUCCCAUGCUCUACACCUGCGCGCUCUCCUUCUACGCGCUGGUCGAAAUCGACCGCCGGGUGCAGCACGGCUGGAGGCUGCCCGUGGGCAUCGGCGCGCUGCAGCUGGCCAUCACCCUGAUAUACAUCUUUUGGCUGCAGUCGCCUGCCUUCCACCAGGUCGCAUUUGCCUUCACUGCCAUGGGCACGGUCGGGUUUGGAUACAAGCGCAUGAAGCAGAUGCGCAUCGACCGGCGCACGAAGCGCCUGAUGACCCGGCUCCUGGUGUUUGGCCACAUUGGCAUGUACGGCGGGUUUUUGGUGUGGAACCUCGACAACAUCUUCUGCCACCGGCUACGGUCCUACAGGCAGAUGGUCAACUCGCCGCUGGAUGUGUUCCUGCAGCUGCACGGGUGGUGGCACAUCCUCACUGCCUACGGCUCGACGUACCUGAUCCUGUGGGUGCACUUUGCCCGCAUUACGUGGCUCGGGCACGACCACCUGUUCACUGUCAAGCACAAGUUUGGGCUGUUCCCGCAUGUCGCUAUGCGGACGCCCAAAAAGGUCGAGUAGUCACUUUUGUCCUUGCCUCUGUAGUUCCAGCGCCAUACAGUUAGCGUAUAUAAAGCUUUUUUUUUUCUAAAAAGUGGAAGCUUUGCAUGGC